AUGGUCAAUCUCGCAGCUCCUAUCCAGUCCCUCCUGGCAGCUGCUUCCCUUGCCGAAGCCAGCUCUCUCGAGACACGCACAGCUGACUGUAGAGACGAUCAUCCUAAAGACCCAAGACGCAUCAACGAACUAGCCGCCCUGGAUUUGAAGUGUGUAACUAACGCCAUCGGAACGGUCUUCCGUAGGUGUGGCAACACAAUCAUCGUCGGAAUGGCCAUUGGAAGCGGUGCCAACCUACCCACGAUUUCGUCGCCAUGCAAGGAUGUUGCCCGGGGUGCUGGUCAAAUCAUGGAUGCUUGUUCUAGAGCUGAUGGAACGGUGAUGGGACAGGCACCGGCGUGGGGAAAUGGCAGCAUGAUUCUCUCGGUUCGUGCCCCAGACCAAAAUGGAAAUUAG